AUGGAGCUCGGGGGCCCGGGGACAUCGCCGCUGCCGCCGCUGCUGCUGCUGCUGCUGGGGGCCGGCUUCCUGCCUGUGAGCAGCCAUGCAGAGACCCGGGCUCAUGCGGAGGAGCGGCUGCUGAAGAAGCUCUUCUCGGGCUAUAAUAAGUGGUCCCGGCCCGUGGCUAACAUCUCGGAUGCGGUUCUUGUCCACUUCGGCCUGUCCAUCGCGCAGCUCAUUGAUGUGGAUGAGAAGAACCAAAUGAUGACGACGAAUGUGUGGGUGAAGCAGGAGUGGCAUGACUAUAAGCUGCACUGGGACCCCGCCGACUAUGAGAAUGUGACUUCCAUCCGAAUCCCCUCCGAGCUAAUCUGGCGGCCAGACAUCGUCCUUUACAACAAUGCGGACGGGGACUUUGCCAUUACCCACCUGACCAAGGCCCACCUCUUCCACGACGGCCGGGUGCAGUGGACGCCCCCGGCCAUCUACAAGAGCUCCUGCAGCAUCGACGUCACCUUCUUCCCCUUCGACCAGCAGAACUGCACCAUGAAGUUCGGGUCCUGGACCUACGACAAGGCCAAGAUCGACCUGGUGAGCAUGCACAGCCGCGUGGACCAGCUGGACUUCUGGGACAGCGGUGAGUGGGUCAUCGUGGACGCCGUGGGCACCUACAACACGCGCAAGUACGAGUGCUGCGCGGAGGUCUACUCGGACAUCACCUACGCCUUCAUCAUCCGGCGCCUGCCGCUCUUCUACACCAUCAACCUCAUCAUCCCCUGCCUGCUCAUCUCCUGCCUCACCGUGCUCGUCUUCUACCUGCCCUCCGAGUGCGGCGAGAAGAUAACCCUCUGCAUCUCCGUGUUGCUGUCGCUCACCGUCUUCCUGCUGCUCAUCACCGAGAUCAUCCCAUCCACCUCACUGGUCAUCCCACUCAUCGGCGAGUACCUGCUCUUCACCAUGAUCUUCGUCACGCUCUCCAUCAUCAUCACCGUCUUCGUGCUCAACGUGCACCACCGCUCCCCGCGCACACACACCAUGCCCGCCUGGGUCCGCCAUGUCUUCCUGGACAUCGUGCCACGCCUGCUCUUCAUGAAGCGGCCGUCCGUGGUCAAGGACCACUGCCGGCGGCUCAUCGAGUCCAUGCACAAGGCGGCCAGCGCUCCGCACUUCUGGCCGGAGCCCCAGGGGGAGCCCGCCCGGUCUCCGUCCCUGACCCGUGGGGUAGACCAGCCCAGCAAGCCCCAGCCAGCCCGCACAACACCCUCUGACCAGGUGCCAACUCUGCAGCCUUCAGAGGCCGAGAAGGCCAGCCCCUGCCUAUCUCCUGGGCCCUGCCAUCCACCCACCGGCACCCGGGCCCCGGGCCUCACCAAGACCCGGUCCCUAAGUGUCCAGCACAUGUCCAGCCCCAGCAAAGCGGUGGAGGACGGCGUGCGGUGCCGGUCCCGGAGCAUCCAGUACUGCGGGCCACGAGAGGAGGCUGCCUCACCGGCCGCCCGCCUGGCGGAUAGCUCCCCCUCUUCUCCGACCAAGGCCCCCUCAGCCGAGCUCCUGCCCCCAGACCAGGCCUCCCCCUGCAAAUGCCAGUGCAGGAAGGAACUGGGGGCCCCAAAUGCCACGCUCAAGACCUCCAGCACCAGAGCGCCGCCCCUGCCCCUGUCGCCAGCCCUGGCACGGGCGGUGGAGGGCGUCCAGUACAUUGCAGACCACCUGAAGGCGGAAGACACAGACUUCUCGGUGAAAGAGGACUGGAAGUAUGUGGCCAUGGUCAUCGACCGCAUCUUUCUCUGGGUGUUCAUCAUCGUCUGCCUGCUGGGGACUGCCGGCCUCUUCCUGCCACCCUGGCUGGCCGGCAUGAUCUAGGGGCCCGGACUCAGGACUCCCCGAACUCGAUGGGGUCAUGCCACUUACCAGAUUGCCCCCCAUCCUCUGUCUGCUAUAAGACAGCCUUGGAAGGAGCUGCUGACCCCUGGGGACCUGCCUGGGGGACUGGUGUAUGCCUGUAUGGCUGCAGGGCGGUGUCAUUGCCUAUCUUAUUAAAGUUUAACCAGA